AUGCCGGAAUACAGAGAAACCCCUACCCGAAAAUCCACCAAAACGGUGCGAUUCUCAGACAGCCCUGAGUCCUUAAUAGGAGUCAUGGACCAGCCCCGUGCCAGAGCCACGGUCAACACCCCAGCUCAUCGCCCAACCGGUCAAGGCGAUCUCUUCGAGGACUUCAGCGAGGUAUGUACUUUGAAAGACAUCGACCCUUCCAUCUUCACAAUGGCCGAGUUCAAUGGAACGACAGGUAUGUACACCGACCCAAAGAACAAGAAGCUCAUGGAUGUAUCUAAAUAUAUCUCAACAACAGCAGGCUAUGUGUACACAACCUACAAACUCAAUGGUCCUGAGUUCCAGGACGAAAUUGAGAAGAGGAAAUCCGACAAGGAAGACAUCAAGAUCGAAUUUGAAGACCUCUGGCUAGAUCUUCAAUUCUUCUGGGAUCUAUUCCUUCGAAUGCAGCCAAACUGCAUUACUUCCAAGGCAGAGUAUACGAAGCAGGCUGUAGAUUUCCUUCUGGAUCUCUCUGUUGCUAUCAUCCUGCCUGAUACACGACCUGAGUGGGACGUUUCAGCUGCAAGGACGCAGAUCAAGUGUUUCCGUCGCCGUCUUCGUCGACUGCAACUACUUCUGCGGACUGACAUGAACAAGUGCAAAACUUCUCCUGUCAUGCUUUGCGGAUGCGCGGUCGGCGUCAAGCGUCCCAAGCACAAGGAGGGUCUCUGGAAACCGCUCUUUGGAAACAGAGAUCCGAGCCCGCAUGACGGGGCUGACGACAGGAUGUUUAGAGUCCGCGAUAUAGCAGGCCUCCUCAAACUCGACGAUUAUCUUGCACACGUCUGGUACGAGUUCCAGAAUCGUCCCGGUCCUGACAAGGACGAUAGUGUCAAAAUGAUCAGCACGGCUCUUGGCUCAAUGGACGAUGAGAUCAAGCAGUACCUCCCAAUGAGAGAGUACCAGCACCCCGAAGAUGUCAAAGCUGAAUGGGUGAAUGCUCUGCUUCACCCGAGUUUUCGCGCUGCUGUAGUUCGAGAAGUCAACAUCAUUGUCGGCGAAGCUAUGUCUUUCCAUGUCAAGUAUGGCAAGUCUGCUCACCGAUGGGACUGUGACAAGUAG